AUGGCGGUCACCGUCUUGCCGUCCAGCUCAUUAACAGAAUCCAUCAAGCAGGCCCUUCACUCUACGACUACCUGCUCCGACGCUACUGUGUUGUCCCUACAAACACUCCUCCGCGGAUCACCAAAGAUGCCCGAGAAACCCAAACGAUCGACGUCCACAAGAGAGCCAGCCACUCCGGCUGGCCGGGGCAGGACCUCUCGCGCAGCGAAAUCAAAAGCCGGAAACGACGCUUCAUUGCAGUCGUUGGCCGACGACUCCACAUUGUCGAACCAGGAGAAGCUGGUCUUUGCCACGGAGGUGUUCAAUGCCACACUAAAGACCCUCACAGACGCCGCCAAAACCUCUACAGCCAGACGCCAGAGUCCCUCCGGUACUCAAGAUUCCGACGCCGGUGUGGCAUCGGCCGCCGAAUGCGCCAGAUUCGCUUUGUCAACUUUGCGCACACUCAAAAAUGACACCGGAGCCGACAGUUUCCCCAACAUGCAACUAGAACAAGGCCUCUGUGUUCUUGCAGGGAAACUUAUUUCACUCGGCCUGAACGACAUGGCAUACAAGGAACUCCGACUCCUCAAGCGCCGGAUACAACAACACCUGGAUGGUGGGAAGGCGGGGAAGAAGGCGGCAGAAGCCAAGGACACCGAGGAAGAGAUCGCGAAAGAGCGCAUGUCGGACUUAUUGAAGUUCGCCCAUAUUGGAAACGCGAAAUCGCCAUACGGCUUGAUCAUUUCCUUCCACUCGAAUGUGCUACGACUAUUGGCCGCGGACAAAAGAGCAUCUAUCAUCCAGAAAGUACUCCCGUCCCUGCAAUUAUCCGACUCCAGCAGUCCUGCGCAGGUUAUUGUGGCUGCAAUGAAGUCCGGACAGUUGUCUACCGAUAAGGCUGCUCUUCAGCUGCAGGUGCUUUCCAAUUCGGUUCUAUCGCUUUGUGCAGGGUCAUCUGUUUCAAAAGACGAGGCUUCCAGCAGCCUCAAACCAGUCACUUCUUUGAGCUUCCAGCUGCUCUCCCUUGAGAUUCGUUCCAUGAGCUGGAAGCUGGCUGGUCAUGUCUGCGACGAGAGUAAAGAAAUCAUGGACCCUUUGCUUCGGUAUUUCGGCAGCUUCUCCCACCGCAGCAAGGGGAUAGAUAGGGCCGAAUUUGCUCUCAUCUACAAGAAUGUUACCAGAGUGCAGGCUUCUGUCGCAGAUACCAAGAAGAAGUCAUCAGAAACCUCCAAUGCCACCCAAGCCGCCAAACUAAUGACAAUCCUCGGCCAGCUCGCUUUCGACGCUGGCUGUUUUGAUGAAUCUAUGAAACUUUUUACCCAAGCUCUCAACCCACUUUCAAAAACCCAAAGCCUAGCACUGGCGACUGUCAGGUGCAAAAUCGGAUCUGCCCAUUUCCAGGCCUUGAAGACAUCCAAAAAGCUACUAAAUGCGACUCUGGACUCUCUCACGGAGGCAACGGCAGCGCUGGGCUUGCAAUUGCGAGGUAGCGCCAAUGAUCUAGAUGAACUUCUUGUGGAGGCCGCCAGGUUGAAAAAGGUUGCUCUUGCCUGGUUUGGCGAGGCUAUCACCAAAACCAUCGAAUCCGACGACGAGAAAAACGAAGUUGCCAGUCACAUCAGAGAGUAUCUACAAGCCUUCCUCAGAUUCCUCAGGCGCUACAUUGGACGCCAACCGACGGAAGAAAGUGAUGAGACUGAGGUUGAAAUGUUCAAUGGCCGCGUUUCAAUUGCCCGAAGCAUUGUUCUUGCUGCUAUUGACUCGGCUGUGGCAGUUGGCAAACUUUCGAUCAUGUCCCAGCGGCCACCCUGGGAGGAUAUGCUACCUAUCUUGGCUGAUUGCCAGCGCUUGCUCUCGACCAUUGAAUCCUCCAGCGAAGAAAGCUCGGAACACACGGAGAACCUCGGCAUGGCUCUCGUCAAACUCUCCAACUUGUUCUGGUCUCGAUACAUCAAAGAGAAAGAAUCUGGCCAUGGAUACCGGGAGCUGAUUCCUCUCCUCAAACACUCAACUCAGCUUCUUGCAAACUGCUCGCCGUCUCACCGUAAGACUGCAUUUACUGCCCUCAAAUUCGAGAGAAUGGCGCACCUGUAUGCGGAGGGAAAUUUCUACAGUGACUCCGAGCGGAUGUUCCGACAGUCAAUCGACGAAUAUAUCAUCUCUGGCACUUUGGACGAAGUCGCCGAGAGUAGCAGAGGACAAAAUCCAAACUCAGUGAGCCAGGAUCCCCAAACGCCUGGGUUUAUGAUGAGUCGUGUACUUUCCGCCCUCCUGAAAAUGAAAUUGCGCAGAAAAGGAUCCCAGGCCUCUUUUGUGUACGACGACAUCGAGCUGGAUUUCGAGCAGAGGACUCUUCUCCUAGAGUGGCAAAUGGGCUUACUCUUUGAUAUGCACAGCCAGUCCUCCAGUGAAGACGGGUUCCGCUCAAUGCUGGGCCCGCUUGUCUCUUCGCUUCUCGAGCUAUACCCUCUCGGUCUUCGCCCUAUUCGUCGCUCCCGUGUUAUUCUCUCUUCUUUGCGAUUCCUGCUCGAAAACCCCACCUCUCUAGGCCCAGACCUGACCGAGACUCUCUUGAAAGAAGGAAUUGAGACUUUGGAAUGCGACGUACAAGUCGGAGAAGACGCUGAUUUGACUCAUUCUGCAAUUCAUGCGCGGAACUCUUUGCAGAUCAUCGUUGGCUUCCACCAAGGGAAAAUCAAUGCAAGCAUACUUGAUGCAACGCUUGCGUCUUGGACAUCAUUGGCUCGCCGCUGCACCGAUGAAAAGACUUUGCUUCUGUCUGUCAGUGACCCGGACUACUGGGUCCUGCAGUUGAAGGCUUUAGUUGACUACACAGAGAUCCACGGCCUCUGGAAGGCCCAGCUUUCCACCCUCGAGCUGAUCUUGCGUGUUGCAGAGCUCCAGCAGUCGGGUGAUAUCUCAGAUGCUAUCAUCAUUCUUUCCAGAUUGGUGUUGCAGAACUGUCGCUUGGGCUACUGCCAAAAGGCAGGUGAGCUCCUUUCCCGUGGCGAGCAGUAUAUUGCACAAAGCAAAGUCUCUGCUCUUGCUUCUAUCUCCUACAAGGUUGCAAGAGUCGAGUACCUUUUGGAAACCGGAGAAGUUGACAAGGCUGCUUCUUCUCUUUCUGCCGCGCGGGCACUAUAUGAAAAGAGCCAUAAAUCUGAAUUGAGCAGAUUGACUGUCUUGUCGAAGAUCUCAUGGGAGAGAUUGGUAGCAGACGCGGCCUUCGUUCAAUCUCGCUUAUUCACCGCGCAAGGCUCAGCUACCCAGGCUCUUUACUUCGCAAAAUUGUCCGUGAGAUUGAAUUGUCGUAUUUGGGCUAAGGUCGAAAGGCUGGCCCAGAAAAAGCAGGACAAGUCUCUACCUGCUACUGGAAGCUCAGACGUCGAGGCCGUAGCCGAUGGAGUCGCGAAACUUGAUCUUUCCCAGAACGGAUCUUCGCCCGAUGUCUCCACGAGUUAUAUUCAAGGCGCACCGUUUUGGCCACAUCUUGGCUCUCAUCACACCUGCUUGCUGAACCUAGCAACCCUCUCUGCUCACCAUGGCUUGUUCCAAGAUGCAAUCUACUAUGGUGAACAGGCGCUCAAGAUCGACAAGACACUCGACGCAAAUGCGCGACUACUCGCAGCGCAAACCCAACUUGGGUGUCACUGGGUCUUGAGUGGCCAUCUGAAUGAAGGUCAAGAUCACCUGUCUGCGGCAGCUGAGUCUUCAAAGCAGACUACGAAAAGCAUUGAAACUGUCACAUUCCAGAUGGCACUUGCUUCUUUGUACAAGAUUCAAGGCGCACACGAUAAAGCAUACCGCAUUCUUCUCGAGGCCGAAAAAAUCGUAUCAUCUGUGACAGCUGCAGAUACGCCGAGCAAUUUGGAGGCUUCGGCUGUCUCAGAGCUGGAGGACAAGAUGGAUAAGCUACGAGUCAGAUCCAGCAGCCGACGGACUCCAACUCCCACCACAACUACUACACGACGCACCCGAGCAACUAGCUCUGCAGCAAGUAAAACGACGAAGAAAGCACCAGCCCCGAAGCCCACUCCUCCAGAAGUUCAAUCUAAAUCCAUCACCCAACUCAAGGGCAACAUCCUCAGACAACAAGCCGACUGUCUGCGAGAACUACGUGACUUUGAACGCUCGGCAGAAACCCUUGCCGAAGCAAGAAAGUUUGCUGUUGCUCGAGAGAGCAAGAUCACUUUGGAAAUUGGCGAAAGCGAGCAUCUACUAGCGGAUGCAAUCCGUCAUUUUGCCAGCCACGCCGUUUACUGUGUUCUGCCUGAAUCUACAAUUUCGUUGCCGUCGCUCAAGUCGCCGAGCAAAACAGCAGAUGAAUCUCCUGUGCCCGUAAAGAAGGCCCCGGCAAGACGGGCCAAGGCACCAGCUAAGACUACACGCACUAAGGCCCAGAAAGCCAGUGAGGACUUCUCAGUGAUGUUGUCGAAGGCGAGUGAUUGUCUUGCCAGCGUCUUCGCAGACGCCACGGUUCUCGGUUCAACUCUCGAUGGCCAUGCAGUUUCUCGCCUGAUGAGCCGGAUCUCAAUGUUAUCGCAUGCGACUUCCCCUGGAAUCCCAGCCAACUUAGCCCAGUCGCCUGCGAACAUGAAUGAAAUCGGACGCGUUGGUGCAUUUGCUCGCGAGAGCAUGGCGAUUGAUAUUGACCGUCAGCUCGCUGAUUAUGCCGACCCUCUUCUCUGGCCCGGCUCCCUCCCUUCAGCCGUUGAUUUGGACAACGACCUCUGUUCCAACUUCACUCAAGACUAUGUGGAUAUUCUCCCUGAGAACUGGAAUGUGCUCUCCUUGUCACUCAGUGCCGACCAGACUGAGUUUGUGGUCUCGCGACUACAGAAAGAUCGUUCUCCAUUCCUUCUCCGGCUUCCUCUUCACAGAGGUAAUUCGGAAGAUGAUGAAGAGGAGCAAUUCACAUUUGAAGAUGGCAAAGAGGAAAUGUCCGAGCUCGUUAGGUUGGCCAACGAAAGUGCUCACGCAGCGAAAUCCAACACAGAUAAGCUGUCCAAGAAGGAAUGGUGGAAGACCCGCGAAGCACUCGAUCGCCGAAUGGAGAGUGCUCUUCAGAACAUCGAGAGCAUUUGGUUCGGUGGCUUCCGCGGUGUAUUCUCACCGCUAUCGCAGGAAACCACCGCUCUAGCCCGGUUUGCCAGCGUUUUCCAGUCUAUUCUUGACAAGCAUCUUCCCUCUCGACAGAAGGGCGGCAAGGCUGCUGGGCCCCGGCUCACCCUUCACCAGAACGUCGUGGAUCUGUUCAUUGGGCUCCGCGACCUGGAAGAACAGGAAGAGCCCGAGGACACUUUGAUGGACCUUCUGUACUUCGUUGUCGAUAUUCUCCAGUUCCAAGGCGAGCGCAACGCUUACGACGAGAUUGACUUUGACAUGAUGGUUGUCGACACCUUGGACGCGCUGCGCAGCUAUCACGACGCAGCACGCGAAGAGCUCGCAACCCGGCCACCCAAGCACACCAUCCUCGUCUUGGACAAAGCUCUUCACUUGUUCCCCUGGGAGUCGCUUCCUUGUCUACAGGGAUACCCUGUCUGCCGAGUCCCCUCGCUUGAGUGCCUCCGAGACCGAAUUCUCCAAUUCCGCAAAUCCCCAUCCGGGGCAGUUGUCGACCGCAACUCCGGCUCAUUUGUCCUCAACCCCACUGGCGAUCUGCGCUCUACGCAAACCACCUUCGAACAGGACCUCUCCAAGUUCAAGUCCUGGAAUGCCAUUGUGCAGCGCGAGCCGACAGAGGAUGAGUUCCGCGACUCGCUGGAGAAGAAGGGUCUCUUCUUGUACUUUGGCCACGGCAGUGGCGCACAGUACAUCCGUGGCCGUACUGUGAAGCGAUUGACCCAGUGUGCUGUCGCAUUCCUCAUGGGAUGUAGCAGUGGUAGCUUGACCGAAGCCGGCGAGUAUGAGCCCUACGGCACUCCGAUGAACUAUCUCCAUGCGGGCAGCCCGGCGCUUGUCGCUACCCUCUGGGAUGUGACGGAUCGCGACAUUGAUCGAUUCACCACAACUACAUUUGACGAAUGGGGGCUCAUUAAGAAAGAUAAGGAGGGACGGGUGGAUCAGGAGAUUGGCCUUGACGCAGCAAUUGCGCGGUCUCGAGGUGCCUGUGUGUUGAAAUACCUCAAUGGCGCAGCGCCCGUUGUAUACGGAGUGCCAGUGUUCUUGGAGUAA